AUGCCUGAUUGGGGACCGGUUUUUGUCGCGGUAUCACUAUUUGUGUUGUUAACUCCAGGACUUCUGAUUCAGGUUCCGGGGAGAAACCGAGUGAUUGAGUUUGGAACAUUUCAGACAAGUGGUGUUUCGGUUAUUAUACAUACUCUUAUUUACUUCACUCUUGUUUGUAUUCUCUUGCUCGCUCUCCAAAUUCACAUGUACAUCGGCUAA